AUGGUUGAAUCAGACACAAAGACGGUCUUACUUGAUAUAGCACCAAGAGAACAAUGGGAGAAUGCGCACGGUUAUUGUGGUGAAGCAUCAUUACAAGCGAUUGGUCUCUAUUAUGGUUCAUGGAUAUCUCAACAGUUGGUACGAACAAUAAAUGACGGAGAAUUUUUACUAACGGAUGAUGGGAAUGAUCAAAAUACCAUAACAACUCUUCUAUUCAAAUAUGAGCGCUGGAAUUUUGAGACAGAGGAGACUCCACAGUAUAAAAACUACUGUCUAUGGUUAAAGAAACAGUUAAUGGGACACUUUCCAUGUAUAUUUACUGUUUAUGUCACUGAUUUAGAUGAAGUUGCUCCAAGUAUCGAGUAUGACCAUAUAGUGCCGGCUAUAGGAAUUAAAUAUUCGACAAAAACUUCAGAUAAAUAUGAUUCAACAGAUGAAUUGUACUUUUUUAGUUUAUUUGAGAAUAAAGUACUUCAUCGAAAGUUGUGUGAGACUGAUAUGAUUAAAACAAGAGAAAAAUGUGACAGCGAUACUCUUAGUGGCGGAUCUAUUCCAAAAGAUGUUGGAUAUGGUUAUGCAAUCACCGGUAUCCUAGACGAAAAUCAUGCUACAUUUCGCGUUCAGCUAUACAUCAAUUCAUGGGAUGAACCGAAUUUAUCAACAGGAUCUGAACCAAUAGUAAUGUACGGUACUGUGGUUGUUUCAAAUCUGAUCAUGAGCAAACACUAUGCAUUACUGAGAUAUAACACGUACAAAAAUGUUCCUACAUCAGGAAAUGCAGCAGAUUUUCUGAAAUCGAAGUAUUAUGCUAGACAUGACUUUAUGGCACAAAAUGGUUCGACUUAUACAUUUAAGGAUCCAGAUGGUAUACCGUCAAAUGGAUCGACCUAUUAUCGUUGCGUGGAGAUUUAA